GCAGAAACACCUCUCUUCCACACCCUUUUGCGAGCGCGGACAAGAUGUUCAAGCUCGCGAGAAGCAGCAGGCAAAUUGCCUCCAACCUGCAGAGCUUCCGCGCCGCGCAUCAGCAGGUCCGCAACUUGUCCAUCCACGAAUACCGCUCCGCCCAGCUGCUCGAUUCCUACGGCAUCGGCGUGCCCAAAGGCAAUGUCGCUCACUCGGCAAAGGAGGCUGAAGAGGUGGCCAAGACCAUCGGAGGAGAAGACAUGGUCAUCAAGGCUCAAGUCCUGGCCGGAGGUCGAGGAAAGGGUCACUUCACCAAUGGCUUCAAGGGAGGCGUGAGGAUAGUCUACUCGCCAAGAGAAGCCAGCAUUCUCGCAGAUCAGAUGAUCGGCCAGAAGCUCAUCACAAAGCAGACUGGCGAGAAGGGCAGAAUCUGCAACUCCGUAUACAUUGUCGAGCGCAAGUUCGCAAGGAGAGAAUUCUACCUGGCCAUUCUCAUGGAUCGCGGAAGCCAGGCGCCUGUCAUUGUCGCUUCCAGCCAGGGUGGUAUGGACAUUGAGACUGUCGCAAAGGAAACCCCAGAGGCCAUCAUCACCACCAAGAUUGACAUUCACAAGGGAGUGACCGACGAGAUGGCCAAUGAUGUCGCAACCAAGCUCGGAUUUUCCGAGCAAUGCAUCCCUUCCGCUGCAGACACGAUCAAGAAGCUCUACAAGAUCUUCAUGGAGAAGGAUGCCACACAGAUCGAGAUCAACCCACUUUCAGAGACCUCCGAUCACCAAGUCCUCUGCAUGGACGCCAAGCUCAACUUUGACGACAAUGCUGAGUUCCGACAGAAAGAGAUCUUCAGCUGGAGAGAUGUCUCGCAAGAAGACCCAGACGAGGUCAAGGCUGGCGAGGCUGGUCUCAACUUUAUCAAUGAGAACUCCAGGCGGUCCCGUGGAUGUCCCCCAGCCAACUUCCUUGACGUCGGUGGUGGUGCCACUCCAGAAGCCAUUAAGCAGGCUUUUGACCUCAUCACCUCUGACCCCAAGGUCACCGCCAUUUUCGUUAACAUCUUCGGUGGUAUCGUUCGCUGUGACGCUAUCGCCAAGGGUCUCAUCUCCGUCGUCGAGAGCAUGAACCUCCGAACACCAGUCAUUGCAAGAUUACAGGGUACCAACAUGGAACAAGCACAGAAGUUGAUCAAUGAGAGCGGUCUCAAGAUCUUCUCGAUUGAUGACCUACAGACAGCGGCUGAGAAGAGUGUGCAGUUUUCCAAAGUCGUGAAGAUUGCUCGUGAUAUCGACGUUGGUGUCGAGUUCACUUUGGGUAUAUAGAGGACGAUCAUGCGCUGGGCCAGGCGCUGUGUAUUGCAUGUAUUUCAUUGCCUCCUGUGAUUCCCUACGUGCGAGCUGGCGUACCGUACGUAUUUACCGUAUCCGCAGCGAUUGCACACUUCAGUCCGGCAAGCUGGCCUUUCAGCCUC